AUGUUGAGAUAUGUCAGAUCACGUACGAAACACGACAUCGACAUGCGCAUCGGGAUCCACUCGGGCUCAGUGCUGUGCGGCGUGUUGGGUCUCAGGAAAUGGCAGUUUGAUGUCUGGUCCUGGGACGUGGACAUUGCCAACAAGCUGGAGUCUGGAGGCAUACCAGGGCGAAUCCACAUUUCCAAAGCAGCUUUGGAUUGUUUAAAUGGUGACUAUGAGGUGGAGGAAGGACAUGGGAAGGACCGAAAUGACUUCCUUCGUCGCCACAAUAUCGAGACGUACCUGAUAAAGCAACCUGAGGAGAGCCUGCUCACCCUGCCGGAGGACAUCAUGAAGGAGGCAGCCAGCUCGGCCGACCGGCGGGCCAGCAGCGCCACUUUUAACGAGGCUUCCUGGAGUCCUGAGCUCCCUUUUGACAACAUCGUCGGGAGCCAAAAC